UUUAAUGCUCCAUACCUAGGAGAGUUAAAGAGUAUAAAAUUGAGUGGGAGAAUGAGUUUUUUUUCUUAUUAGCUUAGCUGUACACGCAUUAUUGGUACCAAUAUUUAAAACCUGGUUUAGUUGCAAUCAAGACUUCAAGCAAACACGUUCCAUAAUAUAAAUUAGCGCCGUACGCUAUAUUCAAGAAGAGAGCAUUUCUUAGACGAAACUUGUAAAACAUUAUAAUACUAUAAAUAUGUAAAAGUGAAAGUAAUUUUUAAAGAAAAUACUUGAAAUUAGUUAUUAAAAAAUUUUAAAAUUACGUAAAAAUGUUCAUUAGAGCAGAAAUUAAGGCAAUAACAUCAAUUUUUUUUGUCCUGCUCUGCUUGAAAAAUGCCACGCAGAGUACGGGUAGCUCAACAUAUGAUUGCAUACAUGUCGCAGCAUGGUUUACAUGGUGAGAUAACGUUUCGUCAAAUAAAUAAUACUCAUGUGGAGAUUAAAAGCGAUUUGGAAACAACUCUUCAAUACCCCGAUCAAAUAUGGAGUUGGAUGGUACGUAAAUUUCCUGUCGAUUACAAUAAUGCGAAUACCAACGAGCGUUGCGAGCUGUCAAAGUUGGGUGAACAAGUUGUUGGAUUUGAUGACGAUCUUGAAUAUAUAAUACUACCGGGAAAUGAAACGUCGUUGUGGGUUAAGGAAAUGCAGUUGAUAGGCGAGAAAGGUAUCUGGGGUAAGUCAUUGGUGUUAACCGAAAUAUCACGUAACGUACGCGUCUGCGCCACCAUUACCACCGUACAAAUGUCGGUCGAACACAUGGCAGAAGCUAGAUUCCAUACACCUAUAGCGGGAUCAGUGUAUUUUCGGUGGUUAGCUCCUUUGGAUGGCGUAGCUGGAGAUACUCUUAUUUAUGCAGAUCUAUAUCACAUACAAUCGCUGCGUUCGCCUACUGACUCUUUCAAACCAAUGACUAAACAUAAUUGGAAAAUAUUCGUAACCGAUAUUUUUAAAAAUGAUCAUCAUCGCACUGAGGAUAAUUGCAAUUUUCUACAAUUGGUAUUUGAUCCGAGUGGCAAUGGCGAAGGCAAAGGUAUAGGAGAUUUAGACAGUCGUUUGGGUAAAAUACCGGUCGCCAAAAACGCUUUGCGUUCUUCGCAGAGGGUAGUCUACAGGGAUGAACAAUUGGCUUUAUUACCCUCCGAUUUAACGAUACCACAUCGUACUCUCUAUUUGGUAUUAUUUGAAGAUCAGCACACCGAGAAUUAUUUGGCUUGUACUAAAAUCCGUCAUGUCAUGCCAUUGAAGUACAAAACUUUUGUGAAUUUUGCUGGUCUAAAGGGUGAUGUAACAUAUACUCAGAGAUCGAAAUUUGAUCCAACUUUUCUAAAUUUUUCCAUUAAUGCUGCCUCCGAAAAUUCUACACAUACAGUUCAGCAAUUUGCAGAAGACGUAUCUAGCUUUCGCAUACACACUCUACCGCCUACACCUCAGAAAUAUGGCCAUCCAAAUUACUGUCAUUCCACAGGUUCUUUGUAUAAUCCCAAAGAAAUCGAAACACAUGUUAUACCGCCUCCUGGCUUUGGUACUCAAGAUCAGUAUCCAGUGGGCGACCUAAGCGGUAAAUUACAGAGUCGUAAUAAACAUUAUUUCCACCAUUAUCAGUUACCAGGUUCUAGCUCUGAACUAAAUGGUCUCUACUGGGAUGUUUUCUUGCCUUUGCGCGGUAUAGAUAGCAUAGCUCAUCGUAGUUUAGUGAUCUAUCAAUACAAUCGCACAAAUUUGGAAAAUAUAACUGAGAGCAAAUGGUAUUGCGGGACCAUUAAUCAAUACCAAAAAAACGGCAUAUAUCAGAAGGUGAUGUUUACCGCCCAAGUGCUAUUUCGGUAUCCAAUAGUAGGCCGGGUUCUGCUCCGACAGCCAUCCGAAGAACCCUGGGAAGACACUACGGUAAUAUUUGAAUAUCUAAUACAUGCUGACGGUUCUACACAAAAUAACACUUUCGAGCACCGUUGGGCUAUACAUAGCAGCGCACCCGGUAAAGACUUUUAUGAUUGGCAAAAUCGUUGCAUUUCGGCCGGCAAUGUUUUCAAUCCCUACAAAGUCGACUGGGGCAAUCGAUCUAUAGACGACUACUGCAAACCUCAACUAACUGCCAUGUGCCAAGUAGGUGCUUUAGAUACACGAAUCGGCUUGCUAACAAUAGCAGGUAGCAAGAGAAAUGCGCAGCAAUUAAGCAGACGUAUGUUUACGGACUCGAAUCUUCCCCUCUCGGGCAGACAUAAUGUUUUAGGGAAAUCUCUGGUAAUUUUUGAUGAUUUUGGCCCUAAAGCGAGAGGAGAACGUUUAGCUUGUUCAAUGAUAAGUGGAUAUUACCGUCGUAAGGUAGUGGCCAAAGAAUGGUAUGCUAAUGGUGAUCCUUUAACUGUUAAUGGCAAAAUUGAAAUGACCCAACAAUCUGAGUAUGAUAUCAGCAAUUUAGAGGUGCAGUUUAAAGGCCUGCAGGACAAUAGUGGCUACCAUAUACAUAUGACUCCGGUCGAAGCUAAUUUAGCCUUCCCAUGUGAAGCAUCAACUCUCUAUGGUCAUUUUAAUCCUUUCGCCGUAAAUCCUAAAAUCUCUCCUAGACCUGGCAAAGGUAGCACAGAGCAAUAUGAAUUGGGAGAUUUAAGCGGUAAAUUUGGAACAUUAGAAGCAAUGACCCAGUUUGAAGGAGCUUUUAAUGACACUAAUCUACCAUUGUUUGGUAUGAAUAGUAUUAUCGGUCGCUCCGUAAUCAUACACAAGAAAAAGCGUAACGCACGUUGGGCUUGCAGCAGUUUGGAAAGGGGUUAUUCACCCAAUGAGGCUCGUGAAAUACGUGCCAUUGCCUCGUUUCAUCAUCCCACCGGUUAUGCUUAUGGUUAUAUAAAAAUGACACAAUUAAUACAUAAUGAUGGAAGCUCAUCCGAGACAGUAAUCGAGGUAAAACUAAGGCAUCCUGGUAAAAACGAUAGAAAUGUGACUCACAAUCAUAAUUGGCAAAUUUUCGUGAAUCCGGUUGGUGUUGACGCAGCCGUUAAACCAACUAUUACCCGGUGUGUGGCCGGAGGUUAUGUAUGGAAUCCCUAUUAUACGCAAUUGGCGGAUCCACUGAAUAGAGACUUAUAUGAACGUGAAUGUGGUUCUGACAAUCCUUUGCGAUGCUAUGUGGGCGAUGUGGGAGCUCGUCUAGGUCCCAUAGAUUUGGGUGCAGAACGGAAAGUGUUUAGUGAUUUUAAUUUCCCCCUAGAUGGGCAAGUAGGCGCUAUAGGCCGUUCAAUUGUUAUAUUUGGCCCUGAUUUUUCAGGGGACCGAUUUGCCUGUGCCAAUAUCGAACCGGAUCACAAUGUUAUCAAAUAUAUUAAUUUACAAAAACCACCGAGAUUUGUAGUAGCACAGUUUCUAGAAGAGUUGCGAGCUGUUAUGGGGAUACCCGAAUGGAUGUUAGAUGUUGAUGCACGGAAAACAAAGGAAUUACAUGACGGUGCUUGCAUACAAAUGAUUAUACAUUUUAAAGGGCCAAUAGCUCAUCGUUUGGAAUUGGAUAUGUCACGUUUAAUAGCCGCCGGUCGGCUCGAGGCUCCUAGUCUCUAUAUUCCCGGGCAUGUGAAUACGAAACGUAAGGCCACUAUAUCAUAUAGAACUUGCGGCGUAAGAGAUCCAAAUGAAAAACGCAAUAAAUCAUUUAAGAAUAACAUCUCCAGUAGUGCUCGUAUGCAAGCAAAAUUGUUUGUAAAUAUUUUUGCAACUUUUUUAAUAUAUUUUAAUUGUAUUUUAAGUUAAGUUGUUAAACUGAAAGAAUAAUUUUAUAAACAAAAUAAAUAAAUAAGUGAAGAAAAUCGAGAGCACCCAACGUUGUCUAUUCGCCUAUCUUUUUAUCGCUGUUUGCCAACCCGCAC